GGACUUUGUCUUCGACAGCAGGAACAAUCUCCCGACAAGAGGACUGAUUGUUCUGCUGUUGUCCAAAGCAGCAGGGCCGAGCCAUACAGCCUCCGAUCUUCUGGCUCAGGACACGGUCAGCGGCAUUCACACUAGCCAGCGUAACUUGGCAGAAAUCACAGAGUUGAUCCACACGGCGUUCCUGGUGCAUCGCGGGAUAGUGGACCUGAAGGAGUGGACAGUCUCAGAUGGCCCACUGAAGGACAUGGAGUUCGGGAAUAAGAUCGCCGUCCUGAGCGGCGACUUCCUGCUAGCAAACGCUUGUACCGGACUUGCCCAACUGAACAACACUAAGGUUGUUGAACUGAUCUCGAGUGCCAUUGGUGACGUGGUUCAAGGAAUCUACAACGAGAACACCAGUAAUACGGAGCAGGAGAACAGUCUGGAUGUAAAGGCGUGGGAGGAGCACACCUUCCUGUCCCAUGGUGCACUGCUGGCCAAGAGCUGCCAAGCUGCCAUGGAGCUGGCCCAACACGACAAGGAGGCCCAAAGUAUGGCCUACACGUUCGGAAAACACCUGUCCAUGGGCCACAAGCUCAACUCUGACCUGCUGCCGUUUGUAAAGAGCAGCGCAGGAGAGUCUGCGACAUUCAGCUUUAGCGCCGCCCCCGUUGUUUUCCACCGUCAGAUUGUCGGGCAGGAGAGGUGGAGUCAGCAGCUGCAGCAGGUAAAAACACGGAGGAAUGAACUGGAUUACUCAAAGCUUUUGGCAGCAGUUAAGUCUGAGAAAGGCGUGAGCACAGCAAUGGACUUAUGCUGUUACCAUGGCAACAAGGCUCUGGAGGCCAUACAGGCUUUCCCCUCCUCCGAGGCUCGAUCCGCCUUGGAGAACAUCGCCUCUGCCAUCACCAAAUUCUGACCUGUGCUCACACACACGUACACACAGGGUGUCUUUGUCCGCAACAGGAUGAGGAGCACUGAACUGUUGACACUUACGAAACAAAUCAACUUAUUUUGUGCCAGGUGCUGACUGCUGGAGAAACGGUUCUGCUCCGCCGGGGAUGACAGUGUGCAUCAGAAAUGCAAUGGCUGUAUCCAUAAAUGGUCAUCAUUAAAAACAAGGAAUAAAAACACAUUA